UCUCUCUGUCUCCCCCUCUCUCUUGCCGACUCCCACCAGUCUUUCUGGUUUAACAGAAAAUCAGAUAAGUAUAGAAUACCUACAAAGAGGUUAGAGAGUGUGGUUAGAGCACAACGAGACAAGCUCCCAUAGUGUGUCAAUGGCACAAGUCAGAUGGUCUGCAGUGCAGUGGACAGCCCCCGUAAGGAGAACAGUACUUUCCGCUCUUACUAUGCUGUGUGUGGUGUUGCCUCAUCUGGUGACAUCGGAAUCAUGUGAGCAGCGUGAAUAUAACCUGAUCUGGCCCUUGUCAGAUGAGACACUUCAGGGGAUACCUCUCUUUCUCACACCCACACAACUUGUCCGUGUUAGAGCAGAGGACCGGAGACUAAAGACAGAUCUCUCUAGACAGACAUGGAUUUGGACCUGGGAGGGAUAUUUCUAGAGAAUAGCACCUAUAACUACGAUGAGGACUAUGUUUAUAAAGAGGAAUGCUCCCCUGAAGAUGGCGUUGGGGUGCGUUUUGGCACUGUGUUCCUCCCGAUGCUCUACUCUCUGACACUGGUCCUGGGGCUAGUGGGUAAUGGGCUGGUCCUGGUGGUUCUGGUCCAGAAGAGGCGGAGCUGGAGGGUGACGGACACCUUCAUCCUGCACCUGGGCUUGGCUGACACUCUGCUGCUGCUUACGCUGCCCCUCUGGGCUGUUCAGGCCACUGGGGAAUGGAGCUUCGGGACCCCCCUCUGCAAGAUCACUGGAGCCAUGUUCACAAUCAACUUUUACUGUAGCAUCUUCCUGCUGGCCUGCAUCAGUCUGGACCGCUACCUGUCCGUGGUCCACGAGGUCCAGAUGUACUCUCUCAGGAAGACCUGGAUGGUGCAGGCCAGCUGCCUGUCCGUGUGGCUCCUCUCCCUCCUCCUUUCCAUCCCCGACUGGCAUUUCUUGGAGUCUGUGAGGGACGCCAGACGAGACAAAGUGGAGUGUGUCCACAACUACUUGUCCCUCUCCCAGUCUGGGUUUGACUGGCGCCUGGCCUCCCGCCUGCUCUAUCACACGGUGGGCUUCCUCCUCCCCUCUGCAGUGCUACUCUUCUGCUACUCCUGCAUCCUGCUGCAGCUGCAACGUGGCUCCCAGGGCCUCCAGAAGCAGAGGGCCGUCCGAGUCAUCCUGGCCCUGGUGCUGGUCUUCUUCCUCUGCUGGACGCCCUACAACAUCACCCUCAUGGUGGACACUUUUCAGGGGAGACCUGGGGAGCCUGUUUCUGUUUCCUGUGAGAACGGGAGGACAGCUGUGGAGAAAAGUCUGAUUGUCACGUUCGCUCUAGCCUGCCUGCACGCUUGCCUCAACCCAGUGCUCCAUCUCGGCCUGUGUAGAAACUUCCGGCGACGCGUGCUGGAUAUGGUGAGGUGUGUUGAGGGGGUGCAGGACGAUCCGAAACUCUCACUGUGGGAUUCAGGUGUGGUUGAAGACUCACCUGACCAAGCAGAGGAGAAGGGGACGUUGAACCCAAUGACAACCAUGGGACAGGUACAGUCCACCCAGAGCUGAUGGGUAGGAAGAGGAUCCUAAUGAUUAAUAUAGUAUGUCUUCCUGUCUUGAGGGGAAGUUGAUGUAUGGGUCAUGGGUUUGGGUCUGGGGACUGGUGGAUGACUGUAAACUGGGUCAUGAGAGGAAGACAUGCAUAGUAGAAAGCCCCUUAUGAGGACUGCUUUCUUUGAAUUGCACUUUCAUGGAAAACUCUCAGACUAAAUGUAUAUUUAUAUAUUUGUAUAAAGUCAGCGGGUUGUCUGCUCUUCACGUUUUACCUAUCAAUGUCGUCCGGCUCUGUAGAAUCUGUUGGAAAGAAUCAUGCAUUCAUUAUUCAAACCUACAUCUAUAUAUAUUUGUGAUUUGGAAUAAAUGUGACAUGGAAUGGAAUGGAA